GUAGCCACCGUGACUCUCUCAGUGACGAAGGCCUGUGCCAGGUGGUUAUGCGACCAGCGGUAUCAUCAUUAACAGAAGCCAUGAUCAAUCCGCUGCCGCAUGAAAGUCUCUCCAAGCCGUCACCAUUUCCCACGCGGAAGUUUUUAUUCAAUUGAAACGAGCAGCCCGCACGUCCUAUGGACGUUUCCGUCCUUACAUCCGUCCCUCCAGCCAGCAAAACUUUUCAUCUUAUAUAGUGUAUGACAGUAUGAUAUGAUGGUGUAUCCCCCCAAGUCGCAGUAGAGGCUGAGUGGGGGGGUCGGGGGGAGGUGUGACGUCAGCACGACGCACUCACCCGACUCAACGCAUUGGGAUGCGGGUGACAUCACUACCGAGCACCCACAGUUGCACGCCAGCCCGCCAGGCAGGCAGACAGGAAUCCAGGCAGGAAGCCAGCCAGCCGGCAAAACUUUACGUAUAACACUGUAUAGUACGAGUACAAUAUCGGCGUGCAGUUGAUUAUUUUACCCAGUUCUCUUUUAAAGAGUCCGUACAGAUCUGGAUUUAUUGAGCUCGGCUGCUAUGCAUUACCAUGGUAGAACCGAGUAUAACAAUCACGUUUAAAAGUUAAGAUCAGAGCACCAAUCGUCCAGGCUAAUGAGGGGAGGGAAGGCCCAAAUAAGCAAACAUGUAUUCAUUGUUUAUCUUCGUGAAAUGGGUGUGAAGGCUUAGGAGGGAAUUAUGUAUGCACGUUCAACUUCUUUCACACCGUACGUCACCAACCGUUCUACAUGGCAAAGUAGAAACAUUAAAGAUGGGGGGGGGGGGUAAAAUACUGAAACAUUCAACAUGCUGCACACACUGUUGGAUAUACAAAUGUGUUGUAUGUUUCACUUAAUUUCUUAAAGUAAGCAGUCACACUAUUUUUAUUAAAUUGAUUGGCUUUCCUUUUCCAGUUUUUCAACAAUUUCAAGUUUUACUUGAACAGUUAAUUUAAUUUGCCACCAUGUGUGCGAUGACGUGGGUACUGGGAUCGACUAAUAAUAGAACCAGCGUGCACGCAAAAGGUAUGCAUUAGCGUGGAAUGCCCAAUUUUAUAUCUAUAGACCUCUUACUUUUCUCGCAAGCACGGUUACUCCACAACCCAGAUAACUUUUGAUUAUCCGUGGUAAGGUUAACGAUAUACACAAGUGGGUUGCAUGCGAUCAUGAACACUGUAUUAUGCGCUACGCUGAUUAAACACGCUUCUUUAUGAGUGUGGUUAGCCAGCACUGCUCUAGAUUUCUCGGGCAGGUGAUACAUUAUUAUUGUUAUUAGCCGAGUAGUUUAAAUCACCCGGAGACAAAAUGUAUCACCUACACAGAAACAUAGGUCCAUGGCACCUACGUAUAGUGUACGUCAUUGAGAACUUGUAUGACUGAAAAUCAGCUGUGUCACAUUAGUUCCAUACGUACAAGUGCCAGAGCCUCUGAGCAGUGCUGUCGGCUGGCCAUGAGACCGGGACCCCUUCCUCUCCCGAGUAGGUGUUGAAUAAUCAUUUAGCAUGGUGGGGCAGAGCAGCCGAGCUAAAUAAAUCCAGACUCUGCACUGUUUCACUGUACUACUUUAUAUCAUUGUCAUCGCGGAAUGUUUUCGCUUGAUACAACUUUAAAUUCCAAACUCUUAGUCAAUAAAACGUGAAGUGAAUUUGUCAAACUGUGCGUUUUUUAUUUGAAAGCAAAGGUUUUUUUUUAAAUUAUACUGCGAGCACAAUGUAUAAUUGCAAAGUUCUAGAAAAUAAACUUACACGGUACAGCGGAAAUGCCUCUUAUCCGCCCUGAUGUUGAUGGAGGGGGGGGGGACUGUGUGUGGAUUCUGUUAACGGUCUCAAAUUAUUUCCUUUUAUUCACAAACAGCUGCUAAAUAGAGAUGAUAGGAUAAAUAGAGAUCUGAGGAUGAAUUGUUCUCCACUUUCAGUUCACUCUUCCUAUGUGCAUAAAGGAUUAAUUUAGCACUGCCCAGUGGACCACUUCUUUGGAUAAGUACAGAUAAUAGGUACAGUUAAAGAGCGGGCAAUCGGGAUUUUUGCAUAUUUAUUUGUGGGGGGCACAGAUAAUUAUCGAGUGGCUUCGAUGCACGUGCCUCCUUUACAAAUCAAUCCGGCACCUCCGAUUGGCACGGUUGGCCUACGUACAGCGUCGCGAAAGAAGUCCAACAUAGUACGUGCACAGUGUCUGCAAUGACAGCGAUCCGCUUUAGAAGAGUGUAGAGGUCAAUGUUAGGGUCACAGGGUGAGUGAGGCUUGAGCAGUGUCCACGUUACUGCGUGGAUCAAAGAGGUGAACUCUCAAGACAAGAUGGAAAGCAACCUGCUGCCCCCUUUGAAUGUACGCGCAUACAGAAGGUGCUAGGAAUUUCAUGAAAGGGCAAGAGAACUAUGGGAGUUUGGAAUAGCGUGUGGCAAAGUAUUUUGGAUGUAAACAGGAAGAAGGGCUUUGUGGUAAGCGCGAUGCGCAUCCGUGCGGGAUUGGAGGACGGAAUGUCACCGAUGAGGGGGCCGCUGGAGUGGUAUCCACAGGUCCGGCGACCAUCGGGAAAAAAGAGACACCACAAGCCAGCUGGUUGAGAUACAAUGAGAGCAGAGGUCAAGUUAUGUUGUCGACCAUUGCAAAAGCUAUAGAGGUAGCGAUGGCGAGGUCGUCGCGGAUGGCCUCUUGAACUUGAUAUAAUAGUGGUCCAUUAAAAAUGUCCACGUUUAAGUAAGGAUCCGGUGAGCGCUCUCAUGCCUAAAAUGGUUGAUUUGUGGCGUGGUGCAUUUUUAUUUUAAAUGAGCCGUGUGGAAGGGUGGCAACCGAAAAGGUAUACGAAUAUAAAAAUGUAAGAUUCGGUUGAAAUAAGUUUCCUGACAAACUGCUUGUUUCAUUUUUUUACAGCAAAAUUUAUGUUGAAACUCUAUAACAAUGGUGAUAACGGCAUGUGGUAAAUGAUUAGUUUUGUCGUUCGGCAAUGCCACGCUGGUCACAAAAACAUUUCGAUAUUGAAAGCCGUAGAACGCUUGUGGGUCCAUUGAAACAUUUGCCAGCGUAAACCCCACGGGGCGUGUAAUCUGGGAUAAACAAUCACUGUUAUUGUUUGACAUUGGUAAGCCCCCCAAUCACUCCAACAUCGUCAUUUGCACUUGGCUAUUUACUUUACUUUUAAAGUAUGCAUAGUUCAGAAGCUUUGUUUUAUUUUUAUUUCUAAGGCCCUUCAUUAUUGCUCCAUGAAAACUCGUAAAAUAAACACCGUAUUGUGUAAUUUAGAUUUGAAGCUUUCGUGACUGCAGGAAUCCAUACUCUUUGGUUCUUUCGGUAAAGUCACGUAGGUAUAAAAUAUUUUAUGUAGUUAUUGUAAAUUUCACUUUGCCAACUGAUUUACUACAGUUGUAUUGCAGUACAGGACCUUGAUGUGUCCCUUGUAAAGUUUAAUUCCUGCAAUUUACUUACACUCUAAUACUAUAAGUGCAAGCCUACAUACUUGUUUUUCCUUUUUACAAAUACACUUUUUUUACCGCGUUCUGCUUGUAUACACAUCACACGUAAUGACUGUGUUAAGAUUUAUUUAUUUUGGGGUGGGACAUAGGUACAGCAUUCGUAAUGACAGGUGGCCGAUUUCAAUUUCAAAGCAGCUGGCAGUUCACUGAAUGGAAAGCAACCUGUGUGAAGUGAAACUGGAAAAUCGCUUCCACCCUUGCUUGACGUCAGUCGGUCUUUCUUGCUUGCAAGGCGAUGAUGGUUUCUCUCGCCUGAUGACACGUGUCAUCCUGGGUGAGCAAUCGCCACCGAGAAACACAGAGUGAUGGGGAAAAUGUGUAGCUUGCUCUGGGGAAUGGAAGACUUCUCUGCUUGUCGCGACUUGUUUGCCAGAGCUGCCCUCCAUUAGACGUUCGUAUGAUAUAUGAUAUACCGCUUAACUGCAUUCGAACACUGUGUUCAUAGGCUAACAGCAGGGAGUGGGUGAGUCUCCUUAUUUAUUUUUCCCCUGGUCCCAAACGUUUAACUAGCUGGGAUGACAAAAUCACUCGGCGUUUAAGAGUUCGUGGCUUUACCGUUCGUGUCGUUGAUGCGACUGAAGCUGUAGUGGAGGCUGAGAGUUUGUCUCGUACCGUACUUGUGAAUGAAACGCCGAGAGUCAUGAGUUAUGAAAAGGAACAUGAAAGUGCUGACCAACGCAAGACGGAGCCGUUCAUGUUGACAAAUGGGACUCCCUCUCAUUGCACCAAUAAACGCAAGCAGCGGGCCAGGACAACCCCGAGGCAGCGAUGUCUGCUCAAGGCCCUGGGGCUCGCGCUCUUCGUCGUGCUGGUGACUGCGAUUGUUUCUAUCGCUGUGGCGCAGAGCAAGAAGCGCCCCCCUCCGCUCAAGUACGGUGUGGUGCUGGAUGCGGGCUCUUCCCACACAUCGCUGUUCGUGUACCAGUGGCCAGCGGACAAGGAGAACGACACCGGGGUGGUGACGCAGGUCGCACACAUCGACGUUGAGGGAGGCGGCAUAUCGAGCUACAAGGAUCACCCGGAGAUGGCCGGGCAGUCCCUGGUGCCGAGUCUCUUCAACGCCACGAAACUCGUCCCGCCGGAGAGGCACCACGAGACGCCCAUCUCCGUGGGCGCCACAGCCGGCAUGCGACUGCUCCGCAAGCAGAACCCCGAGGCCGCGGAGCGGGUGAUGGAGUCGGUGAAGACCGCCCUGCGGGCGACGCCGUUCCUCUUCUGUAGCGCUCGCAUCCUCACCGGCCAGGAGGAGGGCGCCUUUGGCUGGGUCACCAUCAACUACCUGCAGGGCAACUUCCUCCAGAGAGACUGGCUGUCCUGGGUGCGUCCGAGGGGAGCCAAGACGGUGGGGGCCCUCGACCUGGGCGGGGCGUCCACGCAGAUCGCGUUCGUGCCCGCAGGCGGGGCGCUGAGCGGCACACAGCGCUUCCGCCUGUACGGCUACGACCACGCGGUGUUCACGCACAGCUACCUCUGCUACGGCAAAGACGAGGCGCUGAUGCGCGUCGCCGCCACGCUCUCACGCGGCGCGCUGGCGGAGGCUUGGAAGAACUCGUCCUCGGACGUGGAGGUGACGUUCCCGUGCUACCACAGCGGCUUCGAGGAGCGGCUGGAAGUGGGGUACAUGUUCGGGAAGCCGUGCACGGCCGCGCUCAAGCCGGCGGUCGGGCCGCGCGGCGGCGGCGGCGGCGCCGGCUCCGGCCCCCUCCAGGGCCGCGUGCUGCUGCGAGGCUCCGGCCAGGCUGACCAGUGCGCCGAGGCGGUGGCGCAAAUCUUCAACUACUCGUCGUGCGCCGGCCGCAAGGACUGCACGUUCGACGGCGUCUACCAGCCGCCCGUGUCCGGUUCCUUCAUGGCCUUCUCCGCGUUCUACUACGUGAUGGAUUUCCUAAAGCUGAGAGGAGAGGGCAACGUGGACUACAUUCGCAAUGUCGUGAAGAGAUUCUGCAACAAACCCUGGAACGAGGUGCGGGCCUCGUCACAGACCGAGCAAAAGCACCUCAAGUCCUACUGCUUCUCCGCCAACUACCUGCUGCAGCUGCUCUUCCACGGCUACAAGUUCAACUUAUCGACGUGGAUGAACAUCAAGUUUGUCAAAAAGGUGGAGGGCAUCCAAGCGAUCGGGGAGGCGGGCUGGGCCCUGGGCUACAUGCUCAACGAGACCAACCUCAUCCCCGUGGAGUUGGCGCCGCGAGCCAUCCCCGAGGCCGCCUUCGGUUCCACGCUGGCCCUCCUCUCCCUCCUCCUGGCCGCGCUGCUGCUGGCCGCGCUGGCGUACACGUGCGCGUCGUGCGCCCGCUGGGCCCCGGCGAGCCGGGCUGGCCCGCGGAACGGUCAGCUGAGCGCUGACGCGGCCUCCGCGUGAGCCGGCCGCUCGACCGCGGCGGGUGGCGGCGCUGGUUCCCGGCGGCGGCGGGAGCGGAUGGCACGGGUGGCGGUACGGCGUCGUUUCUUCUCGACGUUUGCCACGCUCGCAGUUUUGUCCUCCCGGGAGGAAUGGAGCGGUGGGCAGCAAGAGAAAGAUAAACAAACCCCGGCUGUGCGUUGGAGAGCGAGGACACGGGUCGAGAUGGUUUUUCAGACAAGGAGCCAAGGCCAUUCCCUGCUUCAUCAAGGAACACUUGCCGUUCUGGAAACAGGAAUGCUCUUGUCAACGCAUUUCAACGGCGGCGAGGCGCAGUAGACGCUGAGCUACGUCCGAGACGCACAGCAGCCAAGUCGGGUGCCGUGUCAUGCGUUGCCUUGCAGAGGUCACGGAGAAGAAACGUUCGGGGUAGGUGUGCUUCUGUUUACCAAAGAACAGCGAUUAAUGUCGAGUCCGGUGACGGCGUUGGUGAACGCGGCGCAUUUUGAUUGCAGCGGGUGCGGUCCGCGUGUGACGAAUUUACCAUCGAGCAUGUGAGCAGCGCGGUCAAGAGGAAGAAGGCAAUUCUUCACCUCGUGAUGUGGCUCCCCACCCAGUGUGCACGUCAAUUUUCAAAUCGCAGCACGACAGAAGUACGCACCAAUGAAGAUUCCGUCCGAAAUCCGUGCAUGAUAUCAAAGAAUCGAAGCUGCUUGGGCACGGCUGUACAUGAAAGGAAGCACGUAAUGAGCCGUACGUAAAAUAUAAAGGUCAAUUAACUAUAUAUGUUACCAUUACUUAUUAGCAUGAAGAAUAUGUCCUUGUUAGGUGUGUUGUACAUUUACAUUGAACAUUGUAUACAUUUGUCACGCAACAUAUGUUUGUUCCAAAGCCAUGUACGCUGCCGUUUGUGUUAUUUUGAGAGUUGAUAGUAUUUGCUUUUUUCUUUUGUAAAUAUGUAAUGUCAACCAUGAGUUGCUUGUGGUCUCAGUUAAACAUUUUUAAACCUCUCUGGCAUUUUUUUCCAGUUGAAUGAUCGUGUUUUUUAGUCCUAUAAGUUAAUGUCAUGUCCUCUGAAUUUUGACAAACGUUAAUCCACUCAUUGAUGCAAAUAAAGUGAAAUUAAACUAUUGCCAUGUGGACCUCAA